UGUAGUUCCACCCUCGCCCUUGCCUGGCCCUCUUCCUGUGAAGUCUGUGGCUUCUGCUUUUCUAUAUUAUCGGCAUCCUUCGUUUUCUCGCGUGCUGUAUAUCCUGCUCGUCCCUUGCCUUGAGCCUCGCCCGGAAAACGUGGAUAUCUCACAGCCCCCAAGACGCCCCGUACCAUGUUCCCCUUUGGCCGCCUCCCCGCCCUGCUCGUGCUCCUCCUGAGCACGGCAGCCGGCAUAGCGCAGGCCCUGGAGCCGCCGCCGCUGCCGCUCCACUCGUCCAGCCGAUGGAUCCUGGACGCCAGCAACCGGCGCGUCAAGCUCAAGUGCAUCAACUGGGGCGGGCACAUGGAGGUCAACAUCCCCGAGGGCCUGCACAAGCAGCCUCUCGACUAUCUGGCCGGCUGGAUCGCCGACGCCGGCUUCAACUGCGUCCGCCUGACGUACUCGACCGACAUGGCCCUGCACCCGGACACAAACGUCUCGACCUCCUUCCUCGCCGCCGCCGGCCCCGCCGGCGUCUCGGCCGAGAGCCUCGGCGGCCUCUUCGCCACGGCGGCGCAGAAGAACCCCUUCCUCGCGUCCGCGACCACCAUCGACGUCUUUGGGGCGGUCGCCGACGCCCUCUGGAGCCGCGGCGUCAUGACCAUCCUGGACAACCAUGUCAGCCGCGCGUCGUGGUGUUGCAAUCUCGACGACGGCAAUGGUUGGUGGAACACGGCCGACGGUUACAACGACCAAAACUCACGCUACUUCAACACGGCCGAGUGGCUGGCUGGCCUCCGCGCCAUGGCGGAGUGGGCAAAGGGCCACAAGGGCAUAGUCGGCAUGGGCAUCCGCAACGAGAUCCGCGAGUUCCUGGCCCAGGGCAUCAUCAACGCCCGGCAGGACUGGUACCAGCUUGUCUCGGACGCGGCCCGGCUCAUCCACGAGACGCACCCGGACCUGCUGAUCCUCAUCGGCGGCACCAUGUCGUCGACCGACCUGACGCACGUGCGCACGCGCCCCCUCGACGUUUCGGCAUGGAAGGACAAGCACGUCUGGGAGUGGCACGCCUACUCCUUCACCGUCACCUUCUACCCCCUGAUCAAGAACUGCUGGUACGUCCAUCAGCUGUACGGCGCCUUCAACGGCUUCCUGCUCCAGCAGAACAAGGCCUACACCGCGCCCCUGAUCCUGUCCGAGUUCGGUUUCGCCAUGGACGGCCCGGACCGCUUCUACCUCGACUGCCUGAGGGAUUACGCGACCUCCAACGACGGCGACUGGGCGAUAUGGGCGCUCCAGGGCAGCUACUACGUCCGCGACAAGCAGAUCGACCAGGACGAGUCCUACGGCGUCAUGAACAGAGACUGGUCCGGCUGGAGGAAUGGCGACUUGAAGAACCUGAUGGGCAAGAUGUGGGAAACCACGCAGGGCCCUUGAAUCUGGUUUAAUUUUUGUUCCCUUCCGUAGUCGAUGCUCAGGGCAUCUCGAGGCACCAUCAUCUAUCACCACUUCCCCAGAAACUUGAUUGUAGAUACCCUAUAUUAUAUCCUGGUAUUAACCCAAUUACUGCUGGGC